AUGGCGACCAAGGGGAGACGGAAGAUGCCGAUUCCGACAAUUGAAUGGGUUGAUGGUAGAAUCCACUUAAUCGAUCAAACCCUCCUGCCGAAUGAAUUCAAACAGAUUUAUUGUGACGAUGUAGAAAGCGUUUGGGAGGCGAUUAAAUCACUUCGAGUUCGUGGGGCACCCGCGAUCGGGAUUGCGGGCGCGUUGGGGGCGGUGCUUGGGAUUUGGAAGUCGAAAGCGACCAAUUACCCCGAUUUUGCAGCUGAACUCAAAAAGGUGACGGAUUAUCUGGCGACCUCACGCCCGACGGCAGUGAACCUGUUUUGGGCGCUGACGCGCAUCGAGCAAACAGCGGAAAAGCACAAAGACCUUGAGAUUGAGCAACUCAAAGGUGUUCUUCUUGAUGAAGCACAAAACAUUAUUGAAGAGGACCGAGCGAGAUGUCGUGCUAUCGGUCAACACGGAUUAAAUCUCCUCCGUAACGGUGAUACCAUCUUGACACAUUGCAAUGCAGGAGGACUCGCCACCUCUGAUUACGGCACAGCCCUAGCGGUUAUGUUCUCUGCACACGAGUCAGGAAAGAAUAUCAGUGUUUACGCCGAUGAAACCCGCCCGUUGCUGCAAGGCGCGCGGUUGACAGCGUGGGAGCUUAUGCAAGCAGGGAUUGAUGUGACGUUGAUUUGUGACAACAUGGCUGCACAGGUCAUGAAGGAAGGAAAGAUCCAGUGUGCCAUUGUUGGGGCGGAUCGGAUUGCCGCAAACGGCGAUACCGCCAACAAAAUUGGAACCUAUAACGUUGCGAUAUUGGCAAAGGUACACGACAUCCCUUUCUACGUUGCCGCGCCAACGUCAACGCUUGACCUCUCCUUGAAAACAGGCGACCUGAUUCCGAUUGAACAGCGUGCCGCCGAAGAAGUGACGGAAGGUUUCGGUAGCAGGACAGCACCCGAAGGGGUCAAGGUCUACAGUCCCGCCUUUGAUGUCACCCCCGCCCACCUCAUCACAGCAAUCAUCACAGAAAAGGGCAUCGCCCAUCCCCCCUAUGAGGAGAGUCUUGCCAGCCAAGGCGAUUAG